AACUGACAUCUGGGGUUAUGAAGUCAGUCUUAGAUGGCCUCGCAGAUACGACCUUCAGAACAAUUACAACAGAUCUUCUUUACAUGGGUUCUAACGAUAUACAGUACGAAGAUUUGAAAAGCGACAUGGCAUCCAAGUUAGGAUACUACCCACAGAAGUUCCCUCUGUCUUCUUUUCGAGGUGAUUUCCGACCAAAAAUGACUGCAGGAGAAGAUGCUGUUUUGGGCGUGCACCCAGCAGAUCAGAUAAAUCUUACAGAUUUUUACAACAAGACCUUGUCCACAUUCAAGGAGAAUGAGGAGAAUAUACAGUGUGGAGAUAACUUCAUGGAUAUGGAGUGCUUUAUGAUUCUGAACCCUAGCCAGCAGCUGGCCAUUGCAGUACUCUCCCUUACCCUAGGCACCUUCACUGUUCUGGAAAAUCUUCUGGUCUUGGUUGUCAUCUUGCAGUCCCGAAGCCUUCGCUGUAGGCCUUCCUAUCAUUUCAUCAGCAGCCUGGCAGUAGCUGACCUCCUUGGCAGUGUAAUCUUUGUUUACAGUUUUGUUGACUUCCAUGUUUUCCAUCGAAAAGACAGUCCCAAUGUUUUCUUAUUCAAAUUAGGUGGAGUUACAGCCUCAUUCACAGCCUCUGUUGGCAGCCUUUUCCUCACUGCAAUAGACAGGUACAUAUCUAUACAUAGGCCAUUAUCUUACAAAAGGAUCGUUACCCGAUCAAAGGCAGUUGUAGCAUUCUGUGUAAUGUGGACCAUUGCUAUUGUCAUAGCUGUCCUCCCUCUGCUUGGUUGGAACUGCAAAAAGCUCAAUUCUGUUUGUUCUGACAUAUUUCCACUAAUUGACGAGAACUAUCUGUUGUUCUGGAUUGGUGUCACCACUGUACUCUUGCUUUUUAUUGUUUAUGCUUAUAUGUACAUACUCUGGAAAGCUCAUAGCCAUGCUGUUAGGAUGCUUCAGCGUGGCACUCAAAAGAGCAUGAUCAUUCAUACUUCAGAAGAUGGUAAAGUGCAACAGGUUCCCAGGCCUGACCAAACACGUAUGGACAUCAGGUUAGCCAAAACCUUAGUCCUCAUUCUUGUGGUUUUGAUUAUCUGCUGGGGUCCUCUGCUUGCAAUCAUGCUCUACGAUGUCUUUGGGAAGAUGAACAAGCUUGUCAAGACUAUCUUUGCCUUCUGCAGUAUGCUGUGUCUACUGAAUUCCACAGUGAAUCCCAUUAUCUAUGCUCUCAGGAGCCAGGACCUGAGACAUGCUUUCAGGAGCAUGUUUCCACCAUGUGCAGGGACAGCACAGCCACUUGACAACAGCUUGGAGUCUGACUGCCAGCACAGACAUGCUAACAAUCCAGGUAAUGUCCACAAGGCUGCUGAAAGGUGUAUUAAAAACACAGUUAAGAUUGCCAAAGUGACCAUGUCUGUUUCCUCAGACACAACUGCAGAGGCACUGUAAAACAAAAACCUCUCGGCAUCACGAGAGCACAAAACGAGAGAAAGUAAGAGAAAUCCAUUACUACAGAAGUGUGCGUUUUUUCAUAUGUAUCUUUUUUGCCCUGUUCUUUCAAACAAUGGUGGUGUUCAGUUGUUGGAGGUUUAGCCUUGGGUAGUAGCUCUUCUUCCAGGUUUUUUUUCUUAAAAGGAUUCAACCUAUAUUUUCAAAAAUGGGUUUUCCAUUGAUCAAACAUUAAUUGAAUAGUAAUGGCUAAAUUCUGUUAUCAUAUAUAAAAGUAUCCCAUUGAUCAAGGAAGGGGGAAAAAUCUAUAAACAUACUGAAAAUUACUGCAAAUUCAAAUCAGAAACAAUAAUGUGUAAUUGUAGUUUUAUUUCUGGUGUGAAAUACAUUAAUUGUUUGUAAGUAGGUUUUCAUACCCUACCCCACCCCAAAAGCGGCAGUACUGGAUUGUAGAAGUUUUGUACCAUGUCUU